GUUCAUCGGUUCUGUUUUCCCUUUUGUCUUCGGGCAGGCGAAUUACAUGUCCGAAGCAGCACAGCUUAGAAGAGGUCUAAAACCUAAAGGGAAGACUUAUGGGUUGACCAAUCAGAAGAGACGAGAGAUCAGAGAGAUCUUUGAUCUUUUCGACAUAGACGGUUCAGGUAGCAUCGAUGCUAGCGAGCUCAACGUUGCUAUGAGGUCUCUUGGAUUUGAGAUGAAUAAUGAGCAAAUAAACGAAUUGAUGGCAGAAGUAGAUAAAAACCAAAGUGGAGCCAUAGAUUUCGACGAAUUUGUGCAUAUGAUGACAACUAAAUUCGGAGAACGAGAGUCCAUAGAUGAAUUGUCUAAGGCGUUUAAGAUCAUUGACCAUGACAAUAAUGGGAAGAUUUCACCUCGUGAUAUAAAGGUGAUUGCUAAAGAAUUGGGAGAAAAUUUCACAGAUAAUGAUAUAGAAGAAAUGAUCGAAGAAGCAGACCGUGACGAAGAUGGAGAAGUUAACUUCGAGGAGUUCAUGAAGAUGAUGAAAAGAACUUCUUACGGCUAAAUGGUAAUUGUUAUGGUUGUGGAUAUUUGUUAAUCACUUCAACAAUAAAAAAAGUUUGCUUGUAUAAAAAUGUGUGAUUUUU